GCGAGUUAAACCGCGGUAGUAGUACGCUCGACGUCAGCGUGGACGUUCGACCUUUCCUCUCGAGUCAGUAUUCUGCUUCCUCGACUCGUUUUUCUCCUUUUCCUUGAAAUUCACUCGGUGCAAAUCAGUAAAUCGACGUUUAUUCUUCCUUGUAUUUUUGAGUGAUUUCUUAGCAUGGACUUGAUACCUUUGGGAAACGAGAAGGGAUACUUGUGCACGGUGAAUUAAUCGCGUUGAAAAUCUUCAGGGAGGAUUGGAUCGUUUGGUUUUUCUUUCUAAUCAAGCACGGACAAAUAGAGUUAACAAGGACAGGGUGAAGCGGUGGAAGGAAAUUCUGCAGCCGCAAUAUCGUAACGUUAUUAAGAGUGAUCAUCGACGUUGCAGAACUUUUCCGCAGACGCGAGGCAACUUUUCGCGGACAAUGGGAACAAUGAGGAACAAUUUCGCGACGGUCUUUGUGCUUCUCCUCCUGAUGCUCUCAACGAGUCAAUCUCUUCCUCACGGCUACGAAAAUUCAUCCAAGAGAAACAGUUUGGCCGACGAUUUAACCUCGGAUGCUCGAACGGCCUUGUAUCCGAUUUACGACUGCCUCUUCGUCGAUCCGGAUCUACCGAUCUGUGAUGUGGAAUUGAUGUUGAAUUCGGACGAGAAGACGACAGAACGGACGAAUGAUCAAUAUUUCGACAAAGAUCUUGUGACACGCUCGAGGAGAAACGCCGACGUUUCCGCGACGACACGCGUCGUAGUUUACGCAAUAGAGGGUUGUGUGCCACCUAGGAUACCCUUUUCGUUACCCUCCUGCAACGGAAUUUCCUUGAACAACAUCGUCGAUGUGAAGAGAAUUCGACCGUUUGCUGUGAAGGGUGAGACACAACCUCCCUAUGUGUUUCCAAAAUUCAAUUAUUCUAAAUGGAUACGAAUGAUGGCGCGAUUACACAGUCGCGUUUCGUCGAAGAAACAAGACGAAGAAGAAAGUAGCGUUCCUAAAGAGAUAUCCGCUGAUAAUUCUCUGGAGGAUCGUAGAGAGGAGCUGAGGAUUAUGCUGAAAGGGUCAGCGCCGACCUACGGUACCAUAAAAUCGGAAGUGGACGAGUCAAGAGAGUCUUCCGCUUCAUCAAGCGUCGAAAAUGUUAAUAACGAUUCACAAAUGACGCUAACGAAGAAGUCUGAGAAUUAUCCAAGCAAGAAAAAUGUUCAAAAAAUCGAGAAGAUGAAUAAACGACCGGAUGCUUGGAAACGAAGCAAGGAUCAAAAUCAAAGUGUAAUUCCAGCUCCUCUUAAGCAAUCAAACGUAGUAUCGAAAGAAGGAAAAUCCUAUAAUUUUUCGAGUGAUCUUGGAAUCGCGAGAAAUUCCAGGGGUUUACUCCAGUUGCACGAUAAGCAGAAGUUUAACGAAAACAUAAAUGAUUGUGAUGAUUUAAUUUCGUCAAAAGUGAGGAGUUUCCGAAGGAGACGAAGAGAGAUAAGAUUGUCUGGCAAUGGUUUGAUGCAGGGAAUUCCUGACGAAUCUAAGGCACAAGGAAUUGCUGGUAAAUCAAUUGCACAGCGAAUUCAGAGCAACGGAGAAACGGACCAAUUAAAUAUUUCUAAUGAACAGAGGAAGCAUUCGAUUUCGACGACAGAAAUCCCAGGCCUCGAUGCGGAAAAUCGUGGGAAAAAAUUGAGAUUCGAUAAUCCUAGUUUCAAAAUUGAUAUGGCCAGCAGAAAAUCAUCGUGGAGAAGAGCAAUGAUGAAAGACGCAGCUUUGGGAAAGAAACAUAAAAUUUACUAGGAAUUGUCAGCCUCCGCGAGUCAAUAAAAGAAUCGAAACGUUUCUUAAAAUAAGAUCGGUGAGGAAGGAGAAUCGUAAAAUAAGAAGAGACCAUGGCAAUUCGAAACCUCCGUAUAGACUCGAAGAAUCCUGGAAUCGCGAAAUGUCUCAUUUUAUAAUGAAAAUACAGGGAUUUUGGGUAAAACCACCGAAACGCGAGCGAUUAACAAAUUCACAGGUAAAAUUUCGCGAUUCCAACGAAAAACUCUCACGACGAAGCUAAUAUAACUUUUAAAUUAGUUGCUCGAACGAAAUGUCAACGCGAUUACGUUCGUAAAAUUUCACAGAUAAAAGCUCGCGAAUAACGAUGUACUCUGUGUGGGUGUGCGUAUGAGAAUGCGUGUAUGUGCGUGUAUGUAUUUAAUCCUGUCGCAGCAAAGUUUGUACACAGAGCCGUUCGAAAAAUGGCCAACCAUUUGCUAAAAGUGCAAACGUAUUUCAUGGCACGCGAUCAUUUCUAUCAUCAUUUAUACAAUGUGUCUGCACCAUAUGCAUACCAUUUCAUUAUUCCUUAAACCAUUGAAAAAAAAAAUAAUAGUUCACGCUAGAUUACACAAAAUUUGUGAAAAAUUAUUUCAACGAUAGUUUUAUUUUUUCAAUGGUACCACAGCGAAAGGGUUAAUUAACGAGAUUAAAGAUAGGAAUGAUUAGUAGCAAGCGUGUUUUUGAUCCUGAUUCCCAUUAACAUAUAUGUAUCUUCGUUUAUCUCAGGAGACGAAAACGCAAAUAUAUAAAACGACGAUUUAUCACGGAAUUGAUAAGCUUUAUUUAAAUAAAGAACGCCAAUUACACAUGUGAUACAUAAGCUAAGAUGUUAAGUAAGGUAUAGACAAUUAUAUGAGAUUAUCUACUGACAGGAAUAGAGUAGCUUUAAGUUAUCGAGUCUCGAGAAUAAUUAUACUUUGACAUCAUCAUUUUUAUUUACUACUGUAUGUAAU